GUUUGGAUUAAUCAUGAGGAUGAAACUCGUUGUGUUGUUGCUAGUAAUUAUCAACUACCAAAAAGGAGAGACGUUGUUCACCGUUACCAUCAAUGGAGAGUUAAAAAGCUGCGACAAUAAUGUGGAUAUGAUUGGUUGGGAUACGAGCACUCUGGAAGUUCUACAGUUGGACAAAGAGAAUACUACCUUAAACGGAAAAUUAAUAUUGCUCAAAGAUUACAACAAUCCCUUGAGUGUAAAGAUAUCCGCAACACGGUUGGUCAGUGGACACUGGGUUCCAUCAUUCGCACGAUGGUUUCCUAACUUCUGUAGCUUGAUCCAAGCCCCGAAUGAAAUGUGGUCUCCAGUAGUGAAAUAUAUGAAGCAGCAAUCCUGUCCCUUCAAAGCAGGGCAUACAGAAACAUUUGAUAACGUGAACCUUGGAAAUUGGGUACGAAACAAGACGAUUCCCACACCAUAUUUGACAGAAUGGAAAGCGUUUAUAGAUGUUGUAACCGAACGAGACGGGGGCUACGUGAAAGAAUGUUCGAUGCUGGAGUUCCUGCUAGAAGACGUUUGAUUGUUCGGAGUAGCAAAAAACUUCAUCCUUCGGACAUCUGUUUUUUAUUAUUAUGGAAUACAAUGUCCUUAUUUUUACUGAUACA